AUUAAAUCUUUUUUUUUUAACUGUUUUAUAUAUAUACACAUGUUGUAGCUGUGCUAAUUCGAAACAUAUGUGUAAAAAUAUAAUACCGAUCGAUUAAUCUUUUAUCAAUCUCUCUCUUCUGUCGUGACCUACUAGGAAAAGUUAAAUAUUGUGAAUCAUUCGUUGAAUAGAGUUUUGUAAUCGCAUUUACUUUUCUGAACGCUCAUUAAAUCACUAAGAAAUACGGUAUACGUUUUACCGUUGGAUAUAACAUUUCAAAGUAGAAAGAACACACUUGUUUAUACACUUACUUGUGCCGUUAAAAAUGAUCUCGUACUUAAUCGAAAUAAAAAAAAUGUUAUCUGAGGUUUUACCGUUUUGUUCAAAGUAUUGGUAUCAUAUUGUUAUCGCUCUGUGUUUUUGUUUUUUUUUCGAGAGUAUUGUACUUCGCCUAACUAAACGAGGAAUUUUUGCAAUUAUUUCAAAUGCAUUGAAAUAUUCAGAUAGUGCGAGGAAGGAUCCAAAGAACGAAGAAUUGGACGAGGUGGAUUCGGAUAAUGAAGAAAAAUUUGUAGAGUCGGCUUUACCGGAAGAUUUAAAACAUCUGCCUUACGAGUACAGUAAACCGAGCGAUGAAGAAUUGUUAAGGCGAGCCAAUGAAUUUUAUGAAAUAACCAAUGCGAGAAGAACUAUAAGAUUUUUUAGCGAAGAAAAUGUACCGAAAGAAGUAAUACGGCAUAUUAUCAGAGCUGCAGGUACCGCUCCCAGCGGCGCUCAUACGGAACCAUGGAGUUUCGUAGUGGUAUCGAAUAAAACGAUGAAAGCUCUCAUUCGAGAAAUCGUCGAAAGGGAGGAAGAAAUUAAUUAUAAAAAAAGAAUGGGAAUUAAAUGGACGACAGAUCUUCGCCCAUUGAAAACUAACUGGAUCAAGGAAUAUCUCACAGCCGCGCCAUAUUUGAUUCUAGUUUUUAAACAGGUUUACGGUUUUUUACCGAAUGGAAAAAGAAAGGUUCAUUAUUAUAACGAAAUGAGCGUAUCAAUUGCAUGUGGUAUUCUUUUAACCGCUAUUCAGUACACUGGUCUGGUUACUUUAACUUCUACACCUUUAAAUUGUGGCCCAGCUAUACGUACUCUACUUCAACGUCCCUCUAACGAAAAACUCGUUUUAUUGUUACCUGUUGGUUAUCCUGCGAAGGACGCUACUAUUCCCGAUCUUCGACGCAAAUCUUUAUCAGAGAUUUUAGUAGAAAUCGAUUAACAUCGGUUCUAACAACUGAACAGAGAUAUUAUUGUCAAGAUUUGUAAUAUUAUAAAAUACAAAUAUCCAUCUUCUUUGCAGAGAACAUCUUGGACUAUUCGCCAAAUAUGAUCCUAAAACAUUAUUAAACAAAAAGAAACAAAGAAAAUAUGUUGGAAAGUGUCUCUGUGCAAUUGAAAUAUGAAAGAAAUUUUUAUUACUCUAUACA